AUGGCUUCAACGUCAGCGGGCACCAGCGGCCCUGAGACCCUUGCACCUCCUGAAGUGUUUGUUUGUCCAAUUUCGAGGGAGAUUAUGAGGGACCCUGUCGUUCUGGUGGAGACUGGGCAGAUAUAUGACAAGGAGUCCAUCAAGGGCUGGUUUCUCAGGGGGCGCAACACAUGCCCGCUGACAGGGAAAAGGCUGCUGAGUCAGCGACUCACACAGAUCCAUGUGCUGCGUGUGGCGAUCGAGGAGUGGGCCUCAAGAGAGGGCAUCGAGCUGGGCCCCAGCAGCAUACCCCCAAUGACAGCUGAGGACGCCUCAUCUUCCACAGCUCCUCUGGAUGAACCAGCUCUCUGCCUGUCAAUAGUCACCUCAAAAGGGGUCUCUGUGUAUGACAUAGAGGGGCUGUGGAGCCUGGUGCAGGAGAGGAAACUGCCUGAGGCAUAUGCAGCACUAGUGGUGAUACGUGACAUGGUAAAGCAUGCAGACGAGGAGCGGAUUAAGGCCCUGAGGAGGGUGCUGGACUUGGAGUUGCUGAAGCAGCUGCUUUGGGAGGACAGGCUUCAGGUCCCAGCUGCACGGCUGUUGGUGCAGAUGCGCGGUGUCCUUGACAUCGAUGAGCUGCUGUCGCUGCUGGUCAUCCAGGAUGUGGAGCUGCAGGUGGAUGUGCUCACGCGGCUGAUCGAGCACAUCUGCGAAAACAGGGGCCAUGUGCAAGAGGCCGCCGGUGCCAUCGGCCGGUGGGUCUCAGGCCUGUGCUCCCGGCUCAGGGGACGAAGGCACGCAAGGAGAGUCAGGCCAUCGCCACCUUGA